AUGUUACUACGAACCAGAUUCUUCUCAGCCAGUCCUGUUGCUGUGCCAACAUCAUUACGCGAGUCUGGAGCGCGAGUUGCAGUGUUCAAAGAUGACGCUUUCUUUCCGUACCAUGGAUCUGCAGAAGGGCUUAAGCGAUGGGUCAUGGCAGAGAGAUGGUCGUUGAUGCCGCGCGCUACACCCACAAAUAUCGCUGAAAUUGGAAGUAAUGGGAAGCUGACUGUACUUGUUGUAUGCACGGAGGUAGCGCUUUUCAGAGCUAGAGGAGCUGCUGAAGAUUUGAGGAAAAACGAAUACUUAUAUUCGCGGUAUCAGUUUGCAUGGUUAGACGGGCCUGAAGUUGCUACCAACAUAGUUAUGGGAAACAUGGAGCCUCCCAAUAUCAUGGUGUUCAACUAUUCGACUUACGAGUUUUACCUAAGCGAUGAUGAACCACAGAAAAUGACAAGAGCAUCUAUAGUUACGUGGCUUAAUCAGCUAGCUGAUGCUAUUGAGAAAAACACAGCUGUCGCUCAAGGAGGUUAG